AUGACCACAAACAUUGGCACUCAAGUUAUAUUUGAUUUGGGUGGCACCUUGAUUGAUUCGGUUGACACUAUCAUAAAGUCGCUGGAGAACACGGCUCAAUAUUAUGGCAAACGUUACAUUUGCCAUGAUAAAAACAAAAUCAAUGAAGUGCAAAAUGUGCCCACAUUUUUGGCUGAAAUCAUGGAUUCACUUGACUUGAAGGUACCGUUGGCUGAGUUUAUGGCUAUGUUUUAUAAGGAGUUCUCCGCCAAACCGGUUGUACUGACGCCAGGAAUUGAUCGAUUUAUAAGGCAUUUAUAUCAACACAAUAUACCGAUGGCUAUCGCAACCAAUGGGUCCACAAAAAUACUUUAUUCGAGUUGCGGUCAUUUAAUGCCAUUUAUUAAUAAAUAUAUGACACACUAUGUCUGCGGUGAAGACGAUCCCGAUGUGAGGCAUAACAAACCGGCGCCCGAUAUAUAUCACGUGUGCGCCAAACGGUUUGCAUCGCCGCCGGAAUCGCCGCACAAUUGUGUGGUAUUUGAGGACUCGUUGACUGGUAUNGUGUGCGCCAAACGGUUUGCAUCGCCGCCGGAAUCGCCGCACAAUUGUGUGGUAUUUGAGGACUCGUUGACUGGUAUUACCGGUGCUGUGGCUUCGGUUUUGAGCGCUGACUGCGAACGACGGUUACUUAACUGGUUGAGUUCUCGGGUUGUCUCCCUGUUUGCUAUUUGCAAACCAAGAGAACUCCCUGAUCCCGACGAGGCGAUCCAAGAUAUGAGUUCUCACACUUCGGGCAAUGAAUUAAGUGAUCGGCUGUUGGAUCCGUUGAAGGACUCGUUGGCGAAGAUGUUUACUACGGAUUACGUCCAGAAGAUACUAAUGACUGGAGAAAUGAGUGAUGAAAACAUACGAUACGCACAAAACCACUGGAAGAGAUCCAGAGAAAUGGCUCCGGCAAUCAUUGAACUAAUGAGAAGAGCCUAUAGUGUGGCCACCGAUGAUAACGAUCGGCAAAUACUGGCGCCGAUUGUGAAUACUGUGGACAAAGGGUUCACUCAAUUUCAGACCACUUUUGAGCGCCAAUUGGGAGGCAUUGGCGCCGACGUGAAGACACAGCCAAUG